AGUUAGAGCUGAAAGAGAGAAGUAAAUCAGUCUUUCCGAAGCUUAGCCAUCUACCUGCACUCCACGAGCGAUUCAACUCCAUUCACACAUCGAGAUAGUGAAUUUCAGUGCAGGACUGCGACCUUGGCCCAGUGCCUGGGUGGCUCUUCCUCCUCUCACCUUCCACUGACCAUCUACUGGUACCUGUCAUGGGGAACCUCCUGAAAGUUUUGACUUGUACAGAUCUUGAUGAGGAGCCCAACUUUUUUCUUGAUUUUGAAAAUGCACAGCCCACAGACGCAGAGCGGGCAACCUGGGAGCAAGUGGAUGUGGUGCUGAAGGAUGCUCGAGCAAUACUCGAUGAACUUCAGGCUUAUAAAGGAGCAGGGACAGAAAUCAGAGAGGCGAUCCAGAACCCCAAUGAUGAGGCGUUGCAGGACCAGGCUUGGGCUGCAGUGGUUCCGCUUGUGGGCAAACUCAAAAAGUUCUAUGAGUUUUCUCAGAGAUUAGAAGCAGCACUGCACAGCCUGUUGAGAGCUCUGACCAACGAGACUUACAGUGACGCCACGCAGCACCUGGAGCGUGAACAGGCCCUCGCCAAACAGUUCGCCGAGAUCCUGCACUUCACACUGCGCUUUGAUGAGCUUAAGAUGACGAAUCCGGCCAUUCAGAAUGACUUCAGUUAUUACAGGAGGACUCUGAACCGCAUGAGGAUAAAUAACCAUCCAGCUGAAGGAGAAAACGAGGUCAACAACGAGCUGGCCAAUAGAAUAUCUCUGUUUUACGCUGAUGCCACACCCAUGCUGAAGACCCUGAGCGACAGCACAACCAAGUUUGUAUCCGAGAACAAGAAUUUACCCAUUGAGAACACAACAGAUGUGUUGAGCACUAUGGCAAGCGUGUGCAAAGUUAUGCUAGAGACGCCUGAGUAUCGUAGUCGUUUCAGCAGUGAAGCCACCGUGUCGUUCUGUCUACGCGUCAUGGUCGGGGUGAUCAUACUCUACGAUUACGUCCAUCCAGUUGGUGCUUUCGCCAAAUCCUCCAAAAUAGAUAUGAAAGGAUGCAUAAAAGUUCUUAAAGAACAACCACCGAACAGUGUGGAAGGCUUACUAAAUGCUCUCAGGUACACAACUAAGCAUCUGAAUGACGAAUCGACGGCUAAGAACAUUAAAAUCAUGCUGCAGUAAGAAUCAGCUCUGGGAUUCACACCACUGGCCUCGCAAGUGUUCAGGGAAUGCACUGCCUCCCGAAAAUACCACUGUACUUAAUGUUUUUCUUUAAAAAAAAAAAAAAAAAAAAAGCAACAAUCACAUGUCGGCAGGUCAAUUUUUGGAAACCAUAUACAGUACCAAUACUGUUUGGUGUUUCUUUCCAUGCCAGACAGGUCUUUCAAAACUUAAAUCUGAAUAGUAACUCAUGGCCAUGCUACUGAUGGCAGCUACAGUAUGACAUAAUGUAGAUUAUUUUUGUGAUUAUUAGUUGAAUUGAGCUUGUUUUUUCUGUAAAUGGGAGGGAAAGUGUCUAGACUUGAAGAUUAAAAAAGAUAUAUAUAUAUAUUAAAAGAGAAAUAUAUAUGUUAUUUUUGUUUGAAUUAAUAUUUAAUAUUAUGUCUGGGGCAUGACGUAAUGCUGUAUUUAGUAUUUAAAAAAGAAAACAACAACUAAAGCGUUUCAGGUUUGUCUUUACUGCUUGGUUGCGUGCAAGUUAAAAAAAAUUCUAUUAUAGGUAUUCAAUUACAGUAUGUUCUGCUUUUGAAAUGGUACAAGACAGAGAUUCUCAAUGGUAGUAAUGUUCAAGUUUUAUAUAUUUCUAUGGAUUUGAUUUGUUUUUAAUUCUUAGUUGUGAUUUAUUUUCUUCUAAAACGAAUUUUAACAUUUUGUUUAAUUUCAUUGCAAUUUCAUUGCAGUUUGGAUGUAUGA